AUGCAUGAAAGGAGCCGCAAACUUAGGAUGGAGCAGGUGCAGCUCAACCAAAACGUGAAAGAUGCAGGAUCUGGAUGUGACAUGCAAUUCGAAGGAUGGGGUACAACUCCCCCUGAAAGCUGUGACGAGGAAAAUGCUUAUAUACCUCGUGAGAUAAAAUUGAAUAUCGAGGAAGAGAGUAGGGGAUAUCGCAGCAACAACAACAACAGCAACAGCAAAAACGCAAACACUCCCCCGGGCAGCACGGCGCGCAAUCCAAUCGGGAAUACAGCCGCUCCGCAGAGCAAGAAGGACCAUGCAGCAGAUGCUGGGAAUGAUGCUGGAGAAUCGAGUGGUCCAACAGCCAGCGGGGAGACAGGCCAAGUUGGGCUGAGGUUCGGAUCUUGGGGUUUCGGCACGGGCACGAGCAACUGGCCCUGCUAG